UAUUGAGCCAGCGAGGAGUGGAGCCGAGCCUGGCCUCACACGCUCCUAGAGGACCACCUCCCGAGACAGAGUUCUUUUUUCCCCUUCUUUCCUCCAAGCUCCCUUUCUGCCCUCCCUCCCGGCCCGGUACAAUGCAUGCUUGAGUGGCAGCGUCUGGACUCCGGGCAGCCCCAGAGAAGCGAAGCGAGCCAGAGAGAGGACUGGAGCCGAGACGCUGGUGGGGGAGCUUGGAUGCCUGGCUUUCUCUGAGGACAUCUUUGGAGCCAAGGGUGGCUUUGGGGUGGGGGUUGUGGUGCAGGCAGUCCAGCCCGGCCCCAAGAUGGACCCUUCUGGACACUUCCAUGACUCGGGGGUGGGGGACCUGGAUGAAGACCCCAAGUGCCCCUGUCCCUCCUCGGGGGAUGAACAGCAGCAGCAGCAACAGCAACAGCAGCAGCAGCCCCAGCCGCCGCCGCCGCCACCGCCAGCACCAGCAGCAGCCCCCCAGCACCUUUCGGGACCCCCGGUGCAACCUCAGCCUCCUCAGCUGCAGCAGCAGCCGCCACCGGCGCCAGCGCAUCCCCUUUCUCAGCUCGUGCAACUCCAGAGCCAGCCCGUCCACCCCGGCCUGCUGCACUCCUCUCCCUCCGCGAUCAGGGCCCCCCCUUCGUCCAACUCCACUGCCAUCCUCCACCCUUCCUCCCGACAAGGCAGCCAGCUCAAUCUCAAUGACCACUUGCUUGGCCACUCUCCAAGUUCCACAGCCACAAGUGGGCCCGGAGGAGGUGGCCGGCACCGGCAGGCCAGCCCCCUGGUGCACCGGCGGGACAGCAACCCGUUCACGGAGAUCGCCAUGAGCUCCUGCAAGUACAGUGGCGGGGUCAUGAAGCCCCUCAGCCGCCUGAGCGCCUCCCGGAGGAACCUCAUUGAGGCAGAGCCUGAGGGCCAGCCUCUGCAGCUCUUCAGCCCCAGCAACCCCCCCGAGAUCAUCAUUUCUUCCCGGGAGGAUAAUCAUGCCCACCAGACCCUGCUCCAUCACCCCAACGCCACCCACAACCACCAGCACGCCGGCACCACCGCCAGCAGCACCACCUUCCCCAAAGCCAACAAGCGGAAAAACCAAAACAUUGGCUAUAAGCUGGGACACAGGAGGGCCCUGUUUGAAAAGAGAAAGCGGCUGAGUGACUAUGCUCUGAUUUUUGGGAUGUUUGGAAUUGUUGUUAUGGUGAUAGAGACCGAGCUCUCUUGGGGUUUGUACUCAAAGGAUUCCAUGUUUUCCUUGGCCCUGAAAUGCCUUAUCAGUCUGUCCACCAUCAUCCUUCUGGGUCUGAUCAUCGCCUACCACACACGUGAAGUCCAGCUGUUCGUGAUCGACAACGGCGCUGACGACUGGCGCAUCGCCAUGACCUACGAGCGCAUCCUCUACAUCAGCCUGGAGAUGCUGGUGUGUGCCAUCCACCCCAUCCCCGGCGAGUACAAGUUCUUCUGGACGGCGCGCCUGGCCUUCUCCUACACGCCCUCGCGGGCGGAGGCCGACGUGGACAUCAUCCUGUCCAUCCCCAUGUUCCUGCGCCUCUACCUGAUCGCCCGCGUCAUGCUGCUGCACAGCAAGCUCUUCACGGACGCCUCGUCGCGCAGCAUCGGCGCGCUCAACAAGAUCAACUUCAACACGCGCUUCGUCAUGAAGACGCUCAUGACCAUCUGCCCGGGCACCGUGCUGCUGGUCUUCAGCAUCUCGCUCUGGAUCAUCGCCGCCUGGACGGUGCGCGUCUGCGAAAGGUACCACGACCAGCAGGAUGUCACGAGUAACUUCCUGGGCGCCAUGUGGCUCAUCUCCAUCACAUUCCUGUCCAUCGGCUACGGGGACAUGGUGCCGCACACGUACUGCGGGAAGGGGGUGUGUCUGCUCACGGGCAUCAUGGGCGCGGGCUGCACGGCACUCGUGGUGGCCGUCGUGGCCCGGAAGCUGGAGCUUACCAAGGCCGAGAAGCACGUGCACAACUUCAUGAUGGACACCCAGCUCACCAAACGGAUCAAGAACGCCGCGGCGAAUGUCCUCCGGGAAACGUGGCUGAUCUACAAACACACAAAGCUGCUAAAGAAGAUCGACCACGCCAAGGUCAGGAAACACCAGAGGAAGUUCCUGCAGGCCAUUCACCAACUGAGGAGCGUCAAGAUGGAGCAGAGGAAGCUGAGUGACCAGGCCAACACCCUGGUGGACCUUUCCAAGAUGCAGAAUGUCAUGUAUGACCUGAUCACGGAACUCAACGAUCGGAGCGAGGACCUGGAGAAGCAGAUCGGCAGCCUGGAGUCCAAGCUGGAGCACCUCACGGCCAGCUUCAACUCCCUGCCCCUGCUCAUCGCCGACACGCUGCGCCAGCAGCAGCAGCAGCUCCUGUCUGCCCUCCUGGAGGCCCGGGGCGUCAGCGUGGCGGUGGGCACCCCACACACCCCGCUGUCCGACAGCCCCAUCGGGGUCAGCUCCACCUCCUUCCCGACCCCGUACACAAGCUCCAGCAGUUGCUAAAUAAAACUCCCCACUGCAGACGCGUUACCCAUAGGUCUUAAGAUGCAAAUCAGCUCUUCCCCUGGUGGCGUUGCCGUGGAGGAACCUUCCGACCGGGGGAGGAAGGAAGAGAGACCCCGCUGGUGGACGGACGUGUUCGUUCGGCCUGCCUGGUUCGCCAUGCCUUGAAACCCGAAAUCUAAUCUCUGUUUAGGUGCCUCAACUUGGGAGUGGGAAGAGGAGAGGAUGGGGGGCCCUGCCGCACAGCUGGUGGAGAGCGGGAGCCCGAGCUCAAUCUCAGGUCUUCAGGGGUAGGGGUCAGAUGCACCGGUCACCCAGAGUGAACUGGCCUGGAAGGGGUCUGCGGGGAAGAGAGUCCUCCCCACUGGGGUCUGGGAGCACCUCUCCUUGCCUGUGUCGCAGGAGCCCGGGGUGGCCAAAGCAAAGGAGAGUGCCCGCACCGGACUCCUCCCCUCCCAGCUUAGUGAGUUAGAAAACUCAAUUCAGUCUAGGAAAAAAAAGAAAUUAAAAAGCCAGAUUUUUUAUCCAGGACUAAUCCCCAUAUAAACCUGUGGAUUUGCAGAUGUGGAUUUUCACAUACACACACACACACACACACACACACACAUACACACACACACAUACACACACAUUUCUUAACAGUGAUUCAAGUCUUUCACUUGUUUAAAUUUUAUACCAAUCAAAAGCAUCCUGGCACCUUAACCCCCUACACACACACACACACACACACACACACACACACACACACACACACACACAUACACACGCACCCACACACAGACUCUGAAGCAUGCUGAGUUGUUUCAAAUUCAGACCUGGCUGCGUUCAGCCCGGGUGCACUGUGCUCUGAGCUUCUCUGCAGACCCCGUCCAGAUUGCUCGCCCUGGGCUGGCCCUGUGCUGGGUUUGAGAGGGACAGCAAAGUCAAAAAUGUUGGCAUCCUAGAGGGACCAGCAGCCUUCCCCAACUAGCAGAUUCUGCAUUUCUUUCUGCUACCCAAAUGCACAUGGUUCCAGUGGUGGCCUGGCCAGGCAGACAGAUGUCUGUGAGGAAGAGCUGUGCGUGGGGGCGCCCCAGCAUUUCCUGAGAAAGAGGGAGCUGGGGGUCCAUCCGACUCUCUAUCCAGUCACAGCAUUCCCAUCCCAGAGGGCAGGAGAGCCAAAAGGCCAUGGGCCUCCCCGUGAGCAACUGAGUGGGGAAGAGAAGCCUUGGUGAGUGGCCCAUUGUAACUUUACCGUCCCAAAACCACCUCAAAAUGCAAGAUUCUGCACAGAGGAGCCCGUAGGGAGGCUGGGAGGGGAGGCAGGGUGGCCUGGCUCCUCCAAUAGCCUGUGGUCCCCAGGCCGUGUUCAUCUUGGUGCACAAACUCUUCUGUUCUAUCGCCAACUCCAAGAGACUUUAGAAACAUCCAGAUGGAGCGUGGGCAUGGAGGAGGCAGCUGCCAUCGCCCCCCGCCCCCCGCCUCUGUGCAGUGCAGUUUCCUGCUGGCCUCUGCACUGCUGCUCCUGAGGUCUGGGACCCUGUCCUCUGUCAGCGGAGAGCUGGGGGGUCAUCUGCUGAGGAUAGAACAGAGGGUUCCAUUGGCAUGAUUGUCCUGUUAGGGGUCACUUGUAACAGGCCUUUGUCAUGUGGCCAGGCAGCGCCUUGUGGAGAUUCCCUCCCGCAGCUCCAGGCCCUUGCAAGAACAGGAACCGUAGACGGCCCCGAGCAGAGGGCCCGGCCACAGGGGCCACCCUCCUCCAGAAGACCUGGUCCCUGGCUAACCUCGCUGUGAUCUCGACAGCCGGUUUCGACCCUCUGAGGGUCUCGUUUUUCUCUUAAACACGCCUCAGAUGUUUCCCUUUGUUGUUUCCUGCCCUACAGAUGCCACCUUUGCUGUUGGCUUGAUAUUUUUCACUGGUUCUUUUAUAACUCUCAGUUCUCUGAAAAAUUUCCCCUGCCUUUUUCUUUUUAAACCAGGCCAAUCCUAUGUCCAGAAGUGAUCCAGCCAGACUUAUGAGCAGGUAUUUACGUAGAUGAAACAACUGGCGGCUUCUUCGAGGCCUGGGUGCCAUUGCCUGCAGGCAGAGCCCCGCCAGGUGUCAGUUAGAGACCCCUGAGUGUGUCAAUCUCAGCUAACUAACCUCCAGCCCUCCGCUGUGCAUCCCAUCAACCCCUUUCCUCCUGCCGGACCCUGUGACUCAUGUGCAAACGUGGGCAUUUAGUCUUAACUUCAGAUAAGUGAUAUGAAUACCCCACUGCCAUGCCUCGUGCACAGAUGUGUACACAGACUGCCGAGAGCCACGUUGAACUGUGGCCUCUCCUCUUCCACUACAAUUAAUGUGUCCCCUAGGGAAACCCUGGACCAAGCUAGCCACUCUGGUCAAGGGGGGUGCUCAGAGGCAUUUUCAGCUGCAGUAGCCCCUGGCACCUCAGAAACACGUGGGCAUUUGUAGCAAGGCUUACAAUAGCUAUCUCUGGUUUUGACCCUUGGUGAAGAAGCAUUGCUCUUCAGGAAAACCAGUGAUUGGAUUUGCAUGUUGCUCCUCAAAGGAGUGAACAGGAGGCUACUUCCCUGGACUAGCACCAGAAGUAAUAGUACUUCCAGUAUUAGUGUGGUACUAAUGCUGGAAGUGGUAGUACUUUUAGUAUUGGUGCGGUGCUAGUUUUAGAAGUAGUAGGACUUCUAGUAUUAGCAUGGUACUAGUGCUAGAAGUAGCAAUGCUUAUGGUAUUAAUGUAGCACUAGUGCUAGAAGGAGUACUCCUAGUACUGGUAUAGUACUAGUAGUAGAAGCAGUAGUAUUACUAGUAUUGGUGUGGUGCUAGUGCUUCCCUCUACUAGCGCUGUGGCUUUCUAUGGCAAGUUACCCCUUCUCCUGUGAGUAUGGUCAACCCUGGAUGGCUUAAGUGUUCUUUCUACAGCCCAUCCUUUGACUAAUUCCACUGUGCCUCAGCCUCACAGUCAGAUGGGAAGGGGACAGGUGGAUCUUCAUGCCAUGCCUUCAUGUUCUUUGUUUUCAAGUUUGGUGGUGACGGAGGAGGCUUGAUUGUCUACUCCAGAAUUGGCUAUAUAUAAAAGCUGUUACUUAGGGAAACCUCAUCCAGUUCUAUCCACACUUAGAAGUCUGAACCAGUAAUUCAGAAGCCCCAAUAACUUUUAUGGUAACCCACUGACAGGUAAAAGCACUCAAAUAGUCCCCCAAAUCUCUAGACACUUGAAUUCAAAAUAAAGAGCCCGCUCCCUCAUCGCUUAAGCCAUAUUCUAGCUUUGUGUACUGUAAAGUCGGGGAUGUACUGUGAUAGGUUUAGGACCACUAGGCUCAGUGGAAAUUCAGGACCCAGCUUCAGUGAAUAAGUGAUCUCAGACUAGGGACUUGGUCCUCCUUAGAUUGAAGUCCAAAUACAAAUCUCACCACUUCUGUGUGAUCAUCAUCAGUUUUCAGAGUAUCUAGGAAAUGUUCUUCUCUCCUCAUAGUAUUGUAACUUCAUGACAGCUUAUCUUUAUAAGUGCUUAACAUGAUCCAAAAUAACCAGAGGAGCGAGGCCUGGGUCGCCCUGGCCUCAGCAGGGGCUGCAGUUACAGCACAGCCUCGUAGACGAGAAGGUGCAGAAACGCACCAAGUGCUGAGCAAGCGUCAGCUCUGGCUGCUGACAAGAGGCCCAGGAGGGGUGUCACUGAGAAAACCAUGCCUUUAAUAUAUGUGAGAAUUCCCCCCUUCAGUUUUCAUGGAAAAGAAGAAAACUAGAAUCAGAAUGAAUAAAACUCUAAUGCUGGAUCCAGAUCUUUGGCCAAUUAACCUCAUACCUCAGUUUCUCUGAACUUAAAAUGAAAACAAGAGUUGAUGCCAUGUGCAAAGUAUUGGGAAUAGGUUUAAAACGUGAAGAUUUACAAAGACUGUGGCCCCAGCCGCCCGGGGUACUCUUGAGUUCACUGGGCAACUAAAUGCUUUUCAUUUAAAAAUGUUCACUGUUACCUCUCGGUGAGGUGAGGAGGUGGUCAGGAGGAGAUGUGGGCUUUAGUGCAUGGUUUCCUGCUGCGUGGACGCUGGACCCCAGCUGAAGUCAGGGCUUCAUCCCAGGCAGGGCAGUGCCACUGCCCAGGCACUGCGAGGCCAAUGCACUGCCACUAGGUCACUACCCUUGCUCAUUGCUGCUUUUGAUGCUCCAAAGAGGUCCCAAGUCGUUCUGCUCCCCUGGGGAUUUCGUAGAAGCCCCUGAGAGACCUGCCGGUCAGUACCUCGCAGCGCCUGGGAGUUUCAGCACCUCGGACAGCUUCCCGUCCUCUCAGACUCCAGGUCCCUCUCACCCCCAGCAGUGUAUGUGCUCCUUCCCCUUCCUGCUGUCACCAAAGUGAGCGUUCUGGGGCAGGAUUGGUGAGGCCACCAAGAGGAGUACGACAGGGACAGGAAGGGUGUUUUCCUCUGGGGGAGGAGGAAAGGGCGGGCUGGCCCCAGCCACAGGGAUGUAAGUAACACUCAGCUCCCCUGAGACAGGUAAUAGGUAGAUUUUUACUGUGUGAGUCUGGAACUUACAGGAAUACUCAGUGCAAUGGCAUAGAAAUACAGUAAAGAAAAUAACUGUGAUCUUUCCCCCCUUACACCAUUACUGGAAAUGCCCCAAAUAUAAACUGGAGUUUCCCCCCUCUGAACAAAACUAUUGUCAAACUGUCAACGUGUGACCUCUGAAUCCAGGUGCCAUGCACCCUGCAAUUCCUUGGAUUCCGUGCCAGAGAGAGUCCUUCUGGAAGCUGGAAUGAGUGUUGGAACACACAAAAGAGACAUUGUGGCCCACCGAGCUGAUGGAGGAAAAGCACAAAACGCCACACCCACCUGUAGUUAGGAUCCCAAAGAGAUGCUGAAUUAAUAGCCAAAAAAAAGCAAAACAAAAAGAUCAAUCAAUGGACUGGUGACAAGUCAGGGCGGGUUUGAUGGGAGCCACGCCACCCAGGGGCCCAGGAACCAAGGACGCUUACUGCCCCACUGUCUCGUUUUCAAAUCUCCACCAGGACCCAUCCAACAUCAUCAGACACACAGCGACUCCGUCAGGGUCCCAGACCCUCUGCCCUGCAUCAAGGAGCGGAGUAACCACUCCACAGAGCAACAGGCUAUUCAUGGAGGGAACGUGCUCAUGGCAGACUCCGAAAGCGAAGUGUUCAUAUUCCGAAUCAGACGCGCGCUUCACUACGAAUUUGCAUCUUGCCUCUGUACUGCUUGCUAUUUUUUAACAAUAGGAGAAAGCAUAUCAGUUUAUUUUAAAUAUGAAAUAUAUUGCUAUAUUAUAAAAUAUAUUGUAACUUUCAACUAACAUUUUGUAAUCCAACUAGUCUUUUGCAGGCCCGUGUCUGCCUGCUCUCCUGUGACUGUUUCUGGGUACAUGUUACCGUUAGUGACUGAUUUCCUGACUUCCAGACCGGGUAGGGUGGGGGUGGGGCAGUCCUCAGCCAACACAGCUGCCAUAUUCCAGUUCUCCAAAACCCACCCAGGAGAGGAAAUAGAACAUGAUUCCGAGCUUAGGAGAAUAAUUCUGCCCUAAAUUCUGUCAAGCCAUUACAGGAGAGAGAUGUAAAGCCAUGCCUCCUUGGGUAGCUGUGAGGAUCUGGUUCCAUAAAUGCCUAGGCUCCUAUGUAUACAGAAGCCCUCCUAUAUAAAUGGUUUUUUUUCAGUCUCAAACUUAGCCAACUACUGCUCCCUUUUGACGGUGUCAGAGUCAGACCUCAGCAAGAGUCUCAUUCUCUCAUGACUUAUAAAACUCCAAAUUCUAAGCAUUAAGGUUCCUCUGAGGGAAGACGGAGCGAUAGUACAGCAGGUAGGGUGCUUGCCUUGCACGUGGCAGACUCAGGCACGACCCCUGACAUUCCAUAUGGUCCCCUGAGCACUUCCAGGAGUAAUUCCUGAGUGCAGAGCCAGGAGUAACCCCUGAGCAUUGCCAAGUGUGGCCCAAAAGCCAAUAAAUAAAUAAAUAAAUAAAUAAAUCCAUAUUUAAUUUUUUUUUAAAAAAGAGUUCCUCUGAGGUCACAGUAAAACAGGAUUUGGAUUCCACUGGCAAGGGGAGCUCAAUGCACAGUUGUGCUUUGGCAGCCAGUGGCAUGCCGGUGGGAACACAGUGUCGAUGGGUUUGUCACGAUGUGCAGCACAGCUCCUAAGGAAGUGACAGAGACAGAACAUGCCCAGCAGUGUCCAGCCCAGAGCUGGGUAUCUUGUUCUGCUAGUUUAGCUGGGAGGUAGAGUUUCCAUUGAGGUGUUUUCUCUUAUUGGGAAAUAUGGGGAAAUUCCUCUAUGCAAACAUGUAUCAGCUCCACCUCCCUCCCUCAGUAGAGUGGCAGAGAGGAAAUGAAAAGCGUCUUCGCUACCUCCUUCGAGUGGCAGAGUUCUAGAUUAAAAUUCAGUUACAGGACAGGGACUUGGACUUGCCAGAACCCAGGGCCCCCUCCCAGUGAGCACCCUCAUUGAUCGUCAUCAUUUGGGGUGUGAUAAUGCCCCACCUGGGGAGCAUUGUGGCGAUGUGCGUGAAAGGGCCUGUCUUCCCUCCACAGAUGCUAAGAAUCCACAUGCAUAGACUGGCUGUGGCAAGGAAAGGGUUUCUUCCUGGGGGAAAGUCUGGAAUCUUCACAAAUGAACAUUUAUCUGUGCUUGAAUGUAAAUAAGAUGCAGGCUGCAGUGAUACUGAUUAUUUGUGUCCCCUGCAAAGGAAGUCACGGCAUGCCAGGUUUCAGUGUGGUGUGUAGCCAAGGCCCGGCCAGCACACACAUUUUGUUCGGAUGGAGCUAAAUGCUCUUAGUGUCUGCCUUGCUCCUCAGCUGUCUUAGGCUGAGGUGCCUGGAAACUAUCAGAACUCCAAUAUGCCUGUUUUUCUGUAGCUUAUUCACAGGGGUCAUGAAAAUUGGUUUAUUCUCAGAUUUAUUAUUGGUGAUAGAUUCCUGUGGGAAUUGGUUUGUUUCAGUACUUCUCUGCUCCUGAAUAGAAGUGUUUCUCUGGACUUUACCUUUUAGCCCUCGUGAAAGCCUUAACACUUUCACAUUUCUAGAGAGCGAAUAUAUUCUGAUUUUCCCCACCCCCAAGUCUGUGUUCCAUCUAGAGCAAAGAAACUGGUAUAAGCCUGUCUGGGGGGAAGGCUGGUCUCUCACCAGCAGUUCAGGUGGUUGGCUGAGGUCUGGCCCAGCCUUGGCCCCUCUAGUAUGGGGCAGCAACAAUAGCAGCAGCUGGGAGCCUGGUGGGGUGCAGAGCCUCGGGCCCACGAGAGCCCCAGCAUUGGAGUCAGCAUUGGAACCGGGUCCCCAGGUGGUUCUUAUGCACAAUAAAUGUUCAGCCAUGCACAGCGGUGGAAACCAACAUUAACAACAGGAAAAUUAAGUCAUUCCUUCUCUGAUCCUCAUUUACAGAAUCACUUGAUGGUGAUCUGUAACGGCUGAUGGUGAACGGUCCUGUGUUUAUCUGACAAUGAUACCCCCUAACUUGAUGGUGAACUUCAGGAAUUACUCCUGGUGGUGCUCAGGGGACCAUGUGGGUGCCAGUGAUUGAACCCGAGCUUGCCAAGUGCAAAGCAAGUGCCCUACGCACUGUGCUAUCGCUCCAAUCCCAAUAGACGUAAAACAAUUCAGAGGCAAAAGGAGGCAGGUUUUUUCCAGCUGACUUAAAAGUGGGCACCUCAUAGCCUUGGGCAACCGUGAAGUCCCCUUCUGGGCUCUUUAUCUUCCCCUAUGCUGGCAGGGGUCUUCCAACCACCACCACCACAUGCUCCCAAAGGGAAGACCCCCAUGGGAGCCCCUGGGUCUCUGCUCAGCCUGCGGCAGAAAUUCCUUCCUGAGAACAUCUGGGCCCUGAGAACUCACCUCCCGCACAGGGUGUGAGAAGCAGGUGACCACCUCAAACCCUUCCAAAUCUCCUUUGAAGCCGAUCCUCCUGGUCAUUCCACCAACUAAACACACUCCGGGGUGAGCUGGGAAAGAGGCGAAUUCUGAUAUUGGCGCCAUAAAUCGAUAUGUACCCAGAAACAGUUAUGUUCUAAAUUAAUGGCUUUAACCUGUUCAUUGUAAAAAGUGCCUUGGACUUCAAUCUAAAGAGGUCAGUAUAAAUAUAUGUGUGUGACGUAUGUAGGCAAAUAUUGACAUAUUUAUACAUACAUAGGUGCACACACAUGUACCUGCACAUCAUAUAGAAUAUAGACAUACGUAUAUUCGCGCUUCCUUAACAUAUCAGAUUGCUAUCUGCAGCUCCAUUUCUUUUGUCUGAUCCUUUGUUUGUUUAGUGAGAACUUUACAUAGAGAGGUUCUAUUCAGGACAUCGAUGUAUUUUUGUUUGUUUGUUUUUUACUUUUUAUUAAAAAGGUAAAGGAUAUUAAAAAAAAAA